AGCCUUCUAAUUGCCCAUCUAAACGCGAAAUCAUGUCUGUCGAUAUGCAAGUUGUAAACCCUACCUGCCUGCACCGACGACUGUGAAUGACAGUCUUAUUUUCCUCGUCGAAACACGCCCCCCCCCUUUCCCUCCCUCUGUUACCGGAGAAUGAUGCAUCGCUGAUGUAAAAUAGCGCAGGAAUUAUGGGCUCCGAGUUUUAACGACCCGUCUCCAUCACCAUCUCCUUCGCCAUCUCCACCUCCUUUCCUUCUCCAUCAUCUUCUCGGUUGUUACAGAUUUUCGUCCGAAAUCUUGAAAUCCGACGACCACUUGCGUAGUGCGUGCGUGCGUGCGAGUAACUGUUCGUUCGUCUGGGCGGGCGGGGUGGUGGUGUUGCUCGCUCUCUGCCUCGCUCUUCGUCUGGCGCUCUGUGGCUGGGACGCUCGGUCGACGGUAUAAGGGCCGGUUUGUACACUCGCGGGGAUCAUUAAAGAAACCCUGGAGGCGGGCCAGUUGUCGCGAGGAAGGAACUCGUACAAUUUGUCUGCGGAACUGGUUAAUUUGAGGAUUUCCCGCCCGAACAAGAAAUAGGAUGAGCAAGCCUGGAGAGGGCAGGCGAAAGGGGUCUCGAGCUACACGACAAGAGAGCCAUAAUUGACGUGCUAAUUGUGACUGUAAAUGUACCGACACCCGAGAAAGCAAGUGAGCCGGCCGAGUGCUGUUAUUGUUGUAGCGAGUGUUUCUCCAUCGAUGCUCCGUCGUUAAGUCCCCUUGGAGCUACUCGGGCCUUGGUCAGUCAGAUGAAAACACUCAUUAUUAUCAACCAUUGCGGAGGAUUUGUCACGCUGAAGCCAUCGAAGCUGAGAUUGUUGACCAUGGCUGAAGAGUCACCGUCUGGAAGAAGAAGCCGUGUCUGAGUGUUCGCAUGAUAUAAGACUCCGGGGCUAAAGAGGGAUUCGCCUACGCAACAACUUUCUGCAACGGGGAGACGAAGGAAGAACGAGAUGGUUGAUGGAGGGCCCGAGGGAGCCCCUCCCGUCAAGCGGAAGAGAGGCAGGCCAAGGAAAGCGGACGUGCUCGCCGCCCAAGCGGCAGCGGCCGCGGCCGCUGGCGAUGGUGGAAAUGGUGUGAUCGCCGUGGUUGCUGCGACCCCGAGCGCGGUGGCGUCCGCUGCCAAACCCGACCCCAAGCCGAGGAAACCGAGGAAGAAGAAGGGUGAGGUCGUGGGCGGCGUCGUCGGCGUGGAUGCCAACCUCGUCGGGAAAACUGUCACCGGCGUGCUGGAUGGGUCGUUCGAUGCGGGCUAUCUUCUGACCGUGAGAGUAGGAGACUCGGAGACUUUCCUCAGGGGCGUCGUGUUCGGGCCUGGACUGACAGCGCCCGUCAUGAAGGACAACGAUGUUGCCCCCCACGCCAAGCACGUUAAGCGGGACGAGAGCAUUCCCCUUCCGCCGACGCCCACCAGCGUUCUCGUUGCACCUCCGGCAGUGCUCGCGGUGCAACCCGCUGGCGCGCGAGCGCCCCCUGCCGCCGUGGUGGCCACUCCAGCAGCCGCUGCUGCUGUUGCAGUCGUCGCUGCGGCGCCAGUUGUUGUCGUCGCUCCGCCCGCUGCCUCUGCUGCUGCUGGCGCUGCCGCAGCGGGAGCGAAUGCUGCUGCGCCCGCCGUGGCUCCUGCAGCUGCUGCCGCCGAUGUAAAGCCUCCGCAGCCCCAAGCCCCGACGGCUGCUGCCGCCAGCGCAGGUCCCCAAGCGCACUCCACCUCGCCGGCCGCGGCCUCGGCCUCGGCCUCUACCUUCACAGCUCCCACUGCUGUGACGACAGGUGCUUAGUUAGUGUAACAAUUUUGGAGGUCUGGUGUCUAUCUUGGAAAGUAGUGGAGGCACUCGGGCACGAAUUAGUGACACGAAUUUGUAGGCGCAGUUCAUUCUACCUCGACGAUUCAAAAGAUGAAACUCUUGAGGUUUUUUCGCUCUGCACGUCAGCCUGAAAGAUGUAAACAAGUUACAGUCAGCAGAAAUAGAGAGAAUCAUGUGCAUUUCAUGGAUAUGUGACCAUUUGCCAUUUGACCGGUAGUUCUUG